AUGAACCAAGAUAUGUCCUUUAACGAGGAAAACACAAAGGGGGUGAAGCAGCCUCAUAAUGACCCCUUGGUCAUAACACUCACGAUUGAAGGGUUCAAUACCAAGAGGAUCCUCGUGGACAAUGGUAGCUCUGCAGACAUCCUCUACCUGCCUGCUUUUCAGCAGUUGAAGCUAGAUCCUAGAAGACUGCGCCCAUUUGACUCCCCUCUUGUUAGCUUCAGCGGCAAUAGGGUAUACCCUAAGGGCAUAGUGACAUUGAUGGUGACAGUGGGGACAUAUCCGAAGCAGUUGACUCGUCAGCUAGACUUCUUGGUGGUGGAUUGCCCCUUAUCAUACAAUGUAAUCAUUGAGAGGCCCACACUCAACAAAUGGAAAUCAGCCACCUCCACCUAUUGCCUGAAGGCUGUAUUGGCUGCCAAGGAGAACUAUACUUGGAUGAUGGAAGAAAAGGAAGAAGAUAAAGUAGAAGCCUUGGAAGAAGUGGAACUAGUAGAAGGAAAGACAACCAAGACAACAAGGAUAGGAACAACAUUGAGUCCCGAGAUGAGGUCAAGGCUUAUUCAGUUCCUUAAGGAGAACCUUGACGUCUUUGCAUGGAGCCAUGAGGACAUGCCUGGCAUAUUGCCGAAUGUUAUUGAGCACAAGUUAAAUGUGAAUCCCGAAAAGAAGCCCAUCCAGCAGAAACGACGGGCCUUUGCCCCAAAACGGAACCAGGCCAUCACAGAUGAGGUUAACAAAUUACUGGCAGUAGGCUUCAUACGUGAAGUGAAUUAUCCAGAAUGGCUAGAAAAUGAUGUCUAA